AUGCAGGGCUAUGUGCUGCUGCUGCUGUUUUGGGCUUACACAGCGCUGGCAGAUUGGAGCCCCAAGGUUAAAAAGUUUGAAAAUCCAUUUCCUAGUGAAUUGAAGUCUUUUGACGACUCUCCGGUGUUAUUGACCAUCGAACAUAGCACUGUGAAGAUUUCCAAAGACAUUGGAGAGCACUGGAACGCAGUCAAAUUGGUUGGGGACAAUAUCGACUUCAUUAUUAUUGAUCAGAAUUACAAGAAAGACCGUGCGUUUGUUACUGGCGCCAACAAUGAAGGAAGGCUCUUCAUGACAAGUGACCAGGGAGAAACGUGGUCACAACUUGAUGUGCCCUUCUCGUCGGUAAAAAACAACGGAUUCUUUACAAUAGAUGUGCAAUCCAACGCUUUUGCAGAAAACGACCUUCUGGUCACCACAGUGAACUGUCAGGAUGGACCGUGCAAAUCUCAUGUAUUUGUAACAAGCGAUUUGAAAAACUUUGAAAAGAUUCAGUUGCCUCGUAACGAUUAUCGCAGUUUACAUUGCCGUUAUUCCGGGCUCGCGGGCAAUGAAGACUCCACUCACGAUAUUCUCUGUGAUGCAUCCUACAAAUACAAGGAAGCCACUCUUGUUAAACUGUUUGUUUCCAGGGAUGGCGGUGUGAAAUUUGAGUAUCUCGAGCCAUUCAAAGAAAGCGAUGUCCGCAGGGUAAGUGUCAUGUCUGGUUACGUCAUUGUCUCGACAUUGGAAGACCGAUACAAUCGUGAUUCGCCUCAAGACCUAUGGAUAUCGCGAGAUGGUCAAAAUUUCAAAAGGGCUUCAAUCCCAACCAGUGUGAGGGGUUCUCUUUUUUUGUCGCAAAUUUCUGAGUACUCUAACCGGUUGAUGCUCUUGUCUGACUUCGAGAAUUCCGCAAGGCGAGGGGGUGGUCUCUUUCUAUCGGACUGUGAGGGCCUCAAGUUCUCUCCAGUGUUCGUUUCUCCUCCAUACCAAAGACGAUUUCACACGAUAUCCGAUGUCAGUGGUCUAGAAGGUGUUCUCGUGGAUUCUUUCAUCGACUUUCCCGGUUAUCGGGGAAAGUCGACUUCUGUUAUAACUAAGAUUACUUUUGACGGUGGAUGGUCAUGGUCUGACUUACUAGUGGACAAUAUAGAUAACGAGUUUGACUGCGAAGCGGGUGAUUCCCGCAAAUGCCCUCUCACAGUUCCUGAGAUGAGCUCCUUCUUGUUUAGAAACAAUCCGCAUGCUACGUUACCUGGACUGCACUAUUUUGUUGGAUAUGUGAAAGAAAAAGAGGUUAAUAAAGAGAAGGGUCCAACAAUGCGAACUUUCAUGACCAGCGAUGGAGGCCAGACGUGGAAAAAGGCUUUUGACUUUCCCGUGGUAAUUCAAUAUGGUGAUUUCGGUAACAUCAUGGUUGCCUUUCCGUUCGCACCUGAUUCUUAUGAAAGAGAUCCGGCCGCCGAAUUCUAUUACUCGGUGAGCCGCGGUGAGAUUUGGAUCAAGUAUCAAUUGAAAAAGUCUGUGUACAUUUUUGACUUUUUCACUACCGCGCUUGAUGGGUCAGGAUCAAGUUUUAUCGUGCAUUGCAGAGACUCAAGAACUCGUGAAACCUGGAUUUACACCAUUGACUUCUCCGAUCUCUUCGACGGAAAAAAAUGUGGAGAGGACGACAUGGAGGGCUGGUUUUCGAACGGUGGUGAGUGCAUUGGCGGGACGAGACGUAAAUACACAAGGAGAAAGAAUGACGCAGAAUGCCUCAUCAGAGAAACCUACAAGGAUCUCGAGUUUGAAGAAGAAGUAUGCCAAUGUAGCGAUGCUGAUUAUGAAUGCUCUCCCGAAUUUUAUCUCGCACCUAGCGGUAACUGUGAAUUAGACUUCAACUUUCUUGAGCAAUCACAAAGUUGCAGCACAGUGAAGCAAGGUGAAAAGAUAAAACUACGCCCAAAGAAGCUUCAAAGAGGAAACAAAUGUAAUGGCCCGUUGACCAUAGAUCCAAAAGAAGUUGAUUGCGGCGGGCUUACCGAUGGAGAUCGAAGAGCGCCUAUUGUUGUCUUUGAGAACUCGCUUCAGUCCGAGCUCAAAUCAUACCAAUACUUCAACACCAUAGCCGAUGAGACUGUCCUGCUAAGAGAUAGUAAGAAUGAGGUUUACGUUUCAUACGAUAGUGGUAGAAUCUUGCAAAGGCUCACGAAUAACGUCACUGAAGUCGUUUUCAAUCCUUACUUCAAUACGAGUGCUUACAUUUUUGAUGAUGACGACCAAUUGCACAUUACUAAUGAUCGGGCGAGGACUUUCGAAACGUUCAAGUUACCUGAGUCGAAGCAGCUAGGGUUUCCGUUGUCAUUCCACGCGAAGGACCGAAAUACUUUCAUUUACUACGGAGGCAAAGGUUGUGAAAGCAUAUUUGACCUGCAUUGCCAUUUCGUCGCUUACAUCACACAAGAUGGCGGAAAUAGUUUUACUGAGCUAAAAAGUGGAGCAAACAACUGCGAUUUUGUCGGUUCCUUGUACGAAGAUCCGUCGCACCGAGAUAUGCUACUGUGCGCGAUUGGCGAGCCCGGAUCUAGAGGAAAUGAAAUAGUCACUAGCAUUGACUUUUUUCAAAGUGAGCCCAGAACUGUUUUUGAAAAUGCUCUUGGGUUCGUAUCCGUUGGAGAAUACACCGUCAUUGCGGUUCCUCAUGAAGACCAAGAAUUAAGAGCAUUCGUUACAAUAGAUGGCAAGAACUUUGCCGAGGCCAAACUGCCUGCUGGCUUGGGAACAGAUAAGCAGCAGGAUUACACUGUGCUGGGAUCUCAGAAAGGUGCCAUUUUUUUUCACCUAACCACGCAUAUGAACGACAAUCAAGAGUUUGGAGCUCUAAUGAAAUCCAAUUCUAAUGGAACAUCCUUUGUAACUCUAGAACAAGCGGUGAAUCGAGGUCCUCGAGGCUUCGUUGAUUUUGAAAAGCUGGAGGGUCUUGAGGGUAUCAUACUCAUAAACUCGGUAGCUAACGUUGACGAAUUGAAAUCGGACACAAAAGCUCAAAAACUUCUGAAGUCAAAGAUAUCGUUCAAUGACGGCGCCGAUUGGACUUACCUUGAACCACCGAGAAAGGACUCAGAAGGUGAAUACUUUAAGUGCAACCCAAAAAAUAAAGAAUCCUGCUCUCUGAACCUUCAUGGAUAUACUGAGAGAACUGACCAAAGAGACACUUACUCCUCAGGUUCGGCUUUAGGCUUUGUGAUUGGUGUUGGAAAUGUUGGAGAGUAUUUAUUACCGCUUGAACAAUGUUCAACGUUUAUGAGUGUCGAUGGAGGGUUCACAUGGAAGGAGAUAAGAAAGGGUGUAUAUCAAUGGGAAUAUGGUGAUCGAGGAAGUGUAGUGGUUCUUGUUAAAGAUGGUGGGAAAACAGACUCACUCACUUAUUCUGUUGACUCUGGAAAAACCUGGCAAGACUACAAGUUUUCGAACGAAGAAGUAUAUGUGGAAGACUUGGUGACUACACCUCAGGACUCAUCCAUGCGUUUUCUCAUCAUUGCCAAAUCAUCUAAGGUGACGGGCAAAGAGACACGUACGUUUACGGUGGACUUUACCCAUUCAUUCGAGCGUCAAUGUCGUUUGCGGGAAGGAGAUUACGUUUACCGCAGUUUUGGUAAGUGCCUCUUUGGUCAUCAAGAAGAAUACCUUCAAAAAGUUAAUGAUGAUUGUUACAAUGGCGCAGCGCCCAUCAAAGACAUGGCGAGGGUGGCUAAAACAUGUGCUUGCACCAGAAUGGAUUUUGAGUGUGACUACAACUACUAUAAAGCGAGCGACGGCACAUGUAAGCUUGUCGAGGGAACAGGCCCUCCAGACGGUAGUGAAAUAUGUCGAAAGCAUGGCUUUCCUGUAGAGUACCUUGAAACCACAGGUUACAGGAAGAUACCACUGUCAACCUGCGAAGGAGGCCUGGAGCUAGAUUGGUCCUCCCGUCGUCAUGCAUGCCCCGGUUUCGAAGAAGAAUUCAAGAGACUUCACCGGGCUACUGGUGGUCAUAUAUUCGCAAUUGUUGUUCUUCCACUCGUCGUGUGCAUUGCUGCUACCUGGUUUGUGUACGUCCGUGGUGUCAAUCGUAAUGGCGGAUUCUCCCGUUUUGGAGAAACCAGAUUAGGAGACGAGGAACUAAUUGAACGAAAUGGACUAGACAAGGUUGUAAACUUGACCGUCAAGAUAGGUGUUCUAGGGUUUUCAGGGCUUCUAACUGCCAAGCAAUUGACCACUCGAGCGGUUCAUAAUGCGUGGCAGCGUUUACGUUCAAGAUUAUCGGGUAGCACAAACGGCCCAACAUACUAUUCGCUGAAUCGCGGCCAAUUUCUGGAUGAGGCUGACGAGUUGUGUGCCGGCCGUGACGACGAUGCAAACGACCUAACGAGUUUCCGCCACGAUGAUGAAAUCCAGAGUAACGAAACGGCGAGACCAUACAGACAUGAACUCAAUGAAUCCGAAGGUCACGUGAAUGCCGAUAAUGUUAACGAUGCUUGA